AGGUUCAUAUUCUGUGGUAGCUGUAAUGCCAUAUGGUGUAUGCCUGUAAUAUUCUGUUUUCAUAGUCUGUUGUUCAAGUUUUCAAUUUCAUCAAAGUAUUAGGCGGACUUAGUGAAAUUACAUAAAGAUUUGUCCAGCCAGCUGAGUUAAAGAAAUCAAUCAAGAUGCCACCAAGUACAAGUAUUAAAGGAUUUGAUCCAAAAAUGUGGGCUGUAGUAUUGUAUAAAAUGCAAGAAGGUGACGUUAGCAAGAAAGACGACAUUAUUACUAUGGUCGCAGCGUAUAUUGAAAGAGGAAACACUGUUUCAAAAAUGAAUAAAAAUUCUUUACCUUCUUUCGCAAAUACUAUACAACGGUUGAUCGCAGUUUAUAACUUGGUUGAUAAAGAUGAAUCAAAUCCAAUGGCUCUUACUUUAUCUAGAGUGGCAGAAUGUUUUCCCAAAUUAACAUGUAGUUAUUGUAUGUCAGGAGCUAAGAACUUAACAGUUUCCAUUGAUGAAAUGCAUUCUGUUUGUAAGGGGUAUCCAAAAUUUAUGAUGUGUCAAGCUUUUACUGCGUUAAUACCAAAUGAAGGAGAAUAUACACAGACAUUGUUAAAAGCCCAUGCGCUAUUCUUGUACCAUUUUUCUUUAAAAAUUGCAAGCUAUUCAAUGAAAAAGAAAUCAAUUGAGAAAACGGUUCAAGAUACUUGGAAAUAUAUGAAAAUAGUGCAUAAACGCUCAUAUAUGGAGGACAGUCAGAAAAAAGAUGUUUUAGAAAAAGUACAGAUAUUGGGAAUAAAUGGUUUACAAGAUAGUGUAAUAAAAGCAGCGGAAAUCUUUGAUAACAAGUAUCAAAAAUACCUCAAAAACAAUCCUGAUUCAGAAUAAUAUGAAACUUUUUAAAAGUUGGUGCUUUUAGAAUUAAGAAAGUUGAAUUUUUAAUACAUGAUUAUAAUUUUACAUUUAUAUUUUAUUUUGUUUAAUAUUAUUUUGUUCUUAAAAGAGUGAUUUACUUGAAGGUUGUUAUGUGGCAUGAAAAGAAUUGUAAAAUAGUAGACUGUCUUGCUGUAUUGGUCAAUAAAAUCUAUUAAUAAGAUAAUACCUAUUACGUCUUGUGUGUAUACUGUGAAUAUUGUUCAUUAAUUGCAUUAUUAUCUUUGUAUAAAUCGAUCAUAGGCAUAUUUUUUUAUGUCUUUGAAAUCAACUUUGUGACAUAUUUUAUUUUAUGUUUACCUUGUUAAAUAUAAAGAAGGCCUAAUUUUAUUGAUAUUUUAACAUAAAAUAUUAGAUUUUUUUAGCAAUAGUAUUUGAAACAAACAAUAUUUAUUAUAACGUAUACAAAAAUUAAUAAUAUUAUAUUAUAUCAAUAAAUGUAAUUAAGAUAAUAUAAUACAAGUUUUUAAUUUUACUACAA